CGUCCCCAUCUCACAAAUGCCUAGACAUCUGUACAUCUUACAUUUACAUAUGAUCCACCGCAGACCGAAAACAACACAUCGACCUUACUGUGUUAACUGACGCUUUGUAAUCUCACAAAGGCGGAAGUACGCACAAGUGAGUCAUCUCGCUUCCUCGGCGUACUCUCUGAACCCUUUAAUUUGUCGGUGUUUCUCGCUGUUAGUCUCUAGUAACACCCGAUGUCUGUUGCGCCUGACUUUUUAGUGUUUUUCUUUCAGUAGGCUUUGAUCGUACACAUAAUUUGAUGGAUUUUUGCCUCGGUUUGGCGUGUUAUAUAUUUACGAAAGGACAAGUUCGUCUUUCAGGCUUCUUCUUCUUCUUCUUCGCCGGCUAACGUUAGGGUAGCUAACUUCGCUAGCGUGUGCUGUCGUUAAUUAAGCUGACGAAGUAAAGUAGUGCUAACUGUUCAGUGUACGGUUUAUCUCCACAUGGAGUUUGCUCUAUAACGUGGUUUUCUCAAAGCUAUCCAAGUGCCGUUUGAUAACGCCAAACCCUGAAGCUGCUUAUCUGUGUGUGAGCUAAACGCUAGCCGCAUAGCCCUCCUGGAUGAGUUUUGCCUGAUUCUCUUCAUACAGCCGGCAAACAUCACCUGCUGACAAAAUGAUGGACUUUGAUAAUAUACUGGACAUUGCCUCCCAAAACCAGGGAGGUAGCGGUUCACAGAAAAGAUACAGUUUACAAGCUGGGCCACCCAAAAAGGAUCCGAGGUCGAAAGGAGUAAAUCCUGCUGCUGUGCAGGCACUCCUCAAAAAGCAAUUCGUCGAGACCAAAAAGAAAGAAAUUCAAAAUAAGAAAAAAAAGGAGGAACUACUCGCCAAGAGGGUUGAGCUGAAGUCGGACCGUAAAGCAAGAGCCAUGGCUUCCAGAACUAAAGACAAUUUCAGAGGCUACAAUGGCGUCCCGAUAGUGGAGAUGCCCAAAAAGAGGAGAACGAAACAAGAAAUGGAGGAAGAAAGGUCGAUGAAUAACGAUAGGUUUAGGAAUAACUCACUUGACCCAGAGGAUGACGAGGAUAACUAUGAGUAUGAACAGACGGAUUCAGAACCAGAUCAGGACCCAGAGCCACUGAGACCAGGGAAGACUACAGGUGUUAGUGGGAGUAAAAGUAGCGAUAAGCUCUCCUCUAAAAGAAACAGUGGGCCACCGAAGCCCGCUCCGCCUCCCAUGAACUUUGCAGACUUACUCAAAUUGGCGGAGAAGAAGCAGUUUGAGCCAGUUGAGUUAAAAUCCAAGGCAGUGAAAAAGGAAGAAAGGCUCCGCACAGCUGAAGAGAUAAGGGAGCUGGAGAUGGAGCGCAAGGCUAAGAGACCUGACAAAGAUCGGGACUCGAAGGCAGAGAGGGAAAGAGACGGCAAGUCCCAGUCUAGCUCUAGUUCGAAUAGAAAAGGCACUUUAGAGAGGGAGCAAAAGAACUGCAAACCACAGAAGAACUCUGUAGAGAAACCAGGUCUGCACAGCGGCUCAGGAAAGAAGUCUCACCAAAAUCAGAUUAGCCACUCUUCUUCCAAGCCCCAAGAGAAAGAGAGACCCAAGACAUCUCACAGUGAUAGAGACAAAUUCAAGUCGAGCUCGUCUAGUUCAUCUGGUGCCAUAAACAGUAAAGUUCCUUCGAAAUCUUCUCAGGUUUUAGCCAAACAGGUGGGCUCCAAGCCUACCUCUAGCCACAAAUCCAGCACCUCAAGUGACCUUAGUUUCAAAAAAGAAAGCUCCUCAGUAUACCAAGGAAGAGCAUCAGGCAUUCCUGGGACCAGGCCUCCUGGUUCAACUGUAACAGGCCAAAAAUCUCAACAUGGGAGCUCACAGCAAAACCGGUCGAGUCAGGGUAACUCAUUGAAGCAGGGAUCUAUAGUCGGAGGCCUCAAAUCUGGAAAGGGAGAACCGCUAAGGCCUGGAAAUAAUUCUGCAGUCAAAUCAAGUGGUAAUCCAGUGAUGAGACCUUCAUCAGGUGGCCCGCUGAAGGCAGGGAGCCAACCUCAGGCAAGACCUGGAGGCACACUCCAGGCAAGGCCUGGUGGAGCCCCACAGACAAGACCUGGAGGCGCACUCCAGGCAAGACCUGGAGGUGCCCCACAGGCUAGGCCUGGUGGGAGGGGCAUGCUGGCUCACUCUGGAGGUCGUGGAUCCCGACCUCCAGGGGUUGGACCUGGUAGUGGAGGAGCAGUACAAGGACGACCGACUGGCAGCAUUGCAUCAGGACCUGGAAGACCCAAGUGCACUGUGGUGUCGGAGACCAUCUCGUCCAAGAAUGUUGGUGGAUCCAGACCAGGAGCCCCUCCUCGUCCAGGCAUGCAACAGAGACCUGGGAUGCCACCCAGGCCGGGAAUGCCACAGAGGCCGGGAAUGCCACCAAGGCCAGGAAUGGCUCCCAGACCAGGAAUGCCACCCAGACCUAUGAUGAACAGACCGCCAGGCACAAUGUUACCACCCAUCACCUCUGCAUAUAAGAGAAAAUAUGAGGAUGAAGAUGAAUAUGACUCAGAAAUGGAUGAUUUUAUUGAUGAUGGAGGUGACGAUCAAGACCAAAUUUCCAGGCACAUUAAGGAAAUCUUUGGCUACGAUCGAACCAAGUACAGGGAUGAGAGUGACUAUGCACUUAAAUUCAUGGAGAGCAGCUGGAGAGAUCUGCAGAAAGAGGAGGCCAGGAGCUUGAAACUGGCAGUGCAGGAAGACCUGGAGGAGGAGAAAAGAGAGGAAGAUGAAAUGAAAAAGAAUGCCAAGAGGAAAAAAAAGAACUGAAGCCCCUUUUCUGGUUGAGAUGACUUAAAAGAAAGACAGGACAUGGGGGGUCUGCCAACACAUGAAGCCUGCUAACUGUGUCCACCUCGGCUUCCUCUCUGCUUCUCUCCCCAUGUUCGGGGGAAAAAAAGUGGACUUGACACAUGACAUUAUCUCAAGAGGAAAAGUUAAAGAAUUUUAGUCAAAGACAAAAUAUGCACAAAUCAUUCAGGCAUUAAAGCCGGUAGGAUGUGACGAAACAUUUCCCCUGUUAUAUUAUUUAUUUUCCCUCCCCAAUGAGUGCAGGGUUUACACUGUCAACAGUUUCUCAAAGGAACUGAGUCGCAAAGAGAACUAUAAAUAUGGAUGAGCGUGAGUUUUUUUGUUUUGUUUUUUUAGACUAACAACGACAUACAGUCUCAAGUGUCGAUAACAUGCUAUUUUUGAGCAGAAGUCGUUGCGUAUUUUUCCAAAACAACCUUUUGAUUGUCAAAACUGAAUAUGCAGAAAAACAUUGCCACUUGACGUGUUGUGUGUGUGUUUGUCUUUAAAAAUGAUGUGAGAGAUUGCAUAAAGGGUUUUAUUUAA